AUGCAUCUCACGAAGUUUAUGCUCCUCCUCGGAGUUCCAUCCGCUCUCGCUAAAUGCAAAUGUACACCGACCGACGAUUGCUGGCCAUCGACAUUUGAGUGGAAGAGUCUCAACAGCACUGUUCAGGGACAGUUAAUCGCCAAUGAGCCGCUCGCCAAACCUUGCUACGCGGGUUUUAGCAAUAAUUUCACGCAGUGUCAGGAAAUCAGCAAGCUCUACCAGGAUGCUUCAUUUCGUGAAGCAUCUCCAAUCGGAUACAUGUACCCCGUCCUAGACACUUGUGUCCCCAUAAACGGCUCGAUAACCGGCAAUCCAGUGUGCGACUUGGGUAGCGCGUCUGUAUACAGCAUCAACGCAUCUGGAGCAGCUGACGUUGCGGCUGGUGUCAAAUUUGCGAGGGAUAACAACGUGCGCCUCGUCGUUAAGAACACCGGUCAUGAUAUCAGAGCACGGCAAGGAUAUGGUAGUCUAUCAAUUUGGAUGAAGCAUAUCAAGCCCGAGCUCCAAUUUCAAGAAACGUAUUCGCCCUCUGAUAGUUCAUGUCAGUCAACAUGGAACGGAAGCGCAAUCGUAGUGGGUGCUGGAUAUAUUUGGGAUGAAGUAUACGCCUUUGCAGCCGAGCAUGGCCAUAUUGCUGUUGGUGGCGCAGACAGGACUGUCGGUGCUGUUGGAGGCUAUCUCCAGGGGGGUGGACACGGUUUCGCCAGCCAUGACUUCGGAUUAGCAGCAGACCAAGUUCUCGAGUAUCAGGUUGUGCUUGCUACUGGUGAUGUUGUCACCGCUAGUGCUUGCCAGAACGUGGAUCUCUUUUCUGCUCUACGAGGUGGUGGUGGCGGCACCUUUGGCAUAGUCCUGGCAGCAACUUUGAAAGUAUACCCCACGCAGCCUGUGUUGAAGCAUUCGUUAAGUGUUACGGCGUUGAGCACUGAUAUUUCCGCCCUUCUCAAUGUUUCUGUGACGAUUCUGUCCAAGUAUCCUACCCUCUUGGACGCUGGGUUUUCAGGAUAUGGACAACUGGAAAGAAUACUUGGACAAAACCCUGCUUACAGUCAUAGUUUUGGGAAGCUCCUGGCAAUUGACGGCUCCUCUUCUAACUCGUCUUCUGAGAUAGAAAGAGCAGAGAGUCUUGUGAAUGAGGAGAUCCUAGACUUUCUUUCAUCUCUCAACGGAACAGGAUUUUCUGUGACAUCGACGUUUCAAAAGUACGAUACGUUUCAAGACUACUUCAAUAGUGGGAGCCAUGAUUCGAACGCAUCAAAUAAUCCUAGUCCCGCCAUGGUGUCGCGUUUCUUUGACAAUGACUCUCUCAGCAAUAAUCAACAAAACCUCUCCUCUAUGCUCGAAGCAAUCUUCCCUCAAAGCGCGUCCCAAGUUCAGGCCAUAGCAUCUUUGUUGGAGUUCUGUCUCGUCGGCGGUGGGGAAGUACUCAGCCCCCAGCCACAUACUGCUAUACAUCCCGGGUGGCGAAAGACAUAUAUGUUGGCGGAAAAUUUCGACGUGCCACCUACUGAUAGUGGGCUGCAAGGAGUCCGGCAAGUCAAGGAGUACGCGACGUCGACGAAACUCAAGGCAAUGAAGGAUGCUACUCCUGUACUUGGAACCUAUCUGAAUGAGGCUGAUCCUAAUGACCCAGACUGGAAAGAAGCGUUUUACGGAAACCAGUACAGUUGGCUGAACUCAGUCAAACAGACGUAUGAUCCCGAUGGGGUGUUUUGGUGCUACCGCUGUGUUGGUUAUGAGGGAUGGGAGGAAAUCACAGGUCCAAUGCUCUAUGGACCCCUGUGCCAAACAAACGAGGUAGGCGACUAUAGCUAA